UAUUUUCUGAACUAUUAAACAACUCGCCACUCAGCUGUUCCUUCCUCGCAGAUUGAACAUAACCUCAAAUUAAAUCUUUAUCCGUAAACAACAUACAGCAGCACUUCAGUUUCUUUUUGUCGCUUCAAUAAUCAUUUUCUUAUCAUCUAUGCAUGUUAUUAGAAGUAAGCUGAAGUUUCUUCAAUUUUGAAUUGUUAUAAGAAUGGGAAAAUCUUCCAAAGAUAAACGUGAUAUUUACUAUCGCCUUGCGAAAGAAGAAGGAUGGCGUGCUCGAAGUGCUUUCAAACUUAUACAAAUUGCUGAAACUUUUGAUAUAUUUCAAGGUGUUACAAAAGCAGUUGAUCUUUGUGCUGCACCCGGGAGCUGGAGCCAAGUUUUGGCAAAAAAACUUCGUGAGAAACAGCCAGAUGCUGACAUCACGAUUGUUGCAGUUGACCUGCAAGCGAUGGCUCCACUGCCAGGUGUUAUUCAAAUACAGGGUGACAUAACACAAGUUUCAACCGCUCAAGCAAUAAUUAAUCACUUUGAAGGCGAAAAUGCUGACUUGGUGGUCUGUGACGGAGCUCCUGAUGUGACGGGAUUACACGAUAUGGAUGAAUACAUUCAAGCUCAAUUAUUGUUGGCUGCCUUAAAUAUCACCACUCACAUUCUGAAGAAAGGAGGAAAGUUUGUUGCCAAAGUGUUCCGAGGUCGAGACAUUAAUCUGCUAUAUUCACAAUUGAGACUUUUGUUCCCGAGAGUAACUGUUACAAAGCCAAGAAGCUCCCGCAACUCUAGUAUUGAGGCAUUCGUUGUUUGCCAAGACUAUGAUCCACCCGAGGGUUUCAAACCGUCCAUGACUAAUCCACUGAUGGACAAUUCAAGCUGCGAUUGGUCAAAACUAGUUGGAGUCAAUAAGGAGAUAGUGCCUUUCUUGGCUUGUGGCGAUUUGAGUGGAUUCGAUUCCGACAUGACGUAUCCCUUACCAGCCGAUGCAGAUGGAAACUACAACUGCCUGAUGCCGGUGCAAGGGCCGAUCGAUCCGCCCUAUGAAGAAGCCAUUGCUGUGGCUCGUGCAGGCAACAACACUUCUGAAUAAACUUAGCAAGUACUAAGUAAUAGCUGGUUCAGUGCAUACAAAUAACAACAUUCAUAAGGGUUUCAUCAGCAAACCUAAUCAAUUAUCUGAAGAAAGGUAAUUGGUUAGAAAUAUUCCACUAUCUUAUGAAAUCAAAAUACCAUAUAGUUGUAAAUGGUAGAUUUCAAUCAUUUUCAUGAUUUUAAAUCAAUUUGUAACUGCUCAAUAUCUGUUCAAUUAGCUAUGAUUUAAAACCAAUAUGAACCUGAAAAUGGAACUAUAUAGCUCUCUGCUAUAUAUUCUAUACUUUUGAACUAUAAUUCUAUCAUAUUCAAAAAUAUGGUAUGGAAAUCUAGCUUCUAAGUAACUUGAGGAGGAAUUGUAUUCUUACAAAUAGCCUAAAAAUCCGUAACCAAAUGAAAAAUUCACAAAAAGGUGAAAAAUUAACCAGUAGAAACUACAGAUACACAUAUUACACAACCAAGUGCAUGAAACAAGUAACUUACCAAUUGCAUUGGGCACAAGCAUCUCUGUAAAGCCUAAUUUGUCGGCUAUUCACUUACAGAUUGUGAUAAUGAGGACAAGUGGUUAUUACGCGAUAGAUAUUAUGUUGUAUAUUACUGGACAUUGUUAAAGUUGUUAUUAGUCUAUUACUUGAUUCAUAUGAGAUUGGUAUUAGACAUUCCUGGUGGAUUACUUAUUACUAUAUUAAUGCGGGGUUUACAUUCCUUUUCCAUAAUUUUUGAUUAAGUUUGAUCAUGCGAGUAUAAUGAAAAGCUUAAUCACGUAAUUUAACCUGAAUAUUUUUCUUGUUCAUUGUUAUGAAGAUGAGCAAUAUUAUUGUGCUCAUCCAUCGAGCCUACCAGUAAUAUUUUAUUACUUCGACUCGUUUUGGCUUGAUACUUUAGACCUGCUAAGAGUAAUCCAAUAGAGUUGAUGAACAUUCACUGAAGUCGCGUAGUCUGCGAUCUUUCUCAUAUUUUUUAUAAACAUGUACUGAAUUCUUGUGCCAAUAUUCGCCUACAAACUCAUCGUCAUUUACUUGAUCUUUUUAAGUUUCUGAUUUACUACUAAACCAGCAGAACUAUUUCUCUCUGUGAUUAUCGUACUAUUCUAUAAUUAUUAUUAUUAUUGUUAAAAAACGUCUCCUUUAUUUCUUUGUACUGUUUUCUAAUACUUAGUAUUAGUUUAUUAAGAUGCUUGUUCCUCUUCAUUUCAUUAACAGUUCUCUUGGUUUCUUUAUAGUAGUUGUACAACUACAAAAAAUAUAUAAUAUAUUUGUACUAUUUGUAUGAAGAUAUAAUACUUAUCUAUGUAAAUAAAAUUGAUUUCA